CUUUCGGGUAACCCUGUGCAAUUUUUAUUCUCCCCUGUGGAGAUAAAAAACGAUAACAAACUGACCAAAUGAUAAUCUGUCAAAUUUGGGAGAAUUGUCAUCUUUGGAAAAUUCGUGGGUGCGAGCGAAAACGUUAAAUAGAUGUGAAAGUUUUUGUUUCGGUGGUGAAAAAAUACUAUUAUUUGUAGAAAAUUUAAAAUCAACAAAUAAAUCACUAUCGACACAAAUCAGCUCUUACUUCUCAACAGCCACCAAGGACAACCUUGAAACUUUUUAUGUGCACCGAUCAGCUAAAUCCUUUUAUGUACAAUAAACAUACAAAACUAGAAGACAAUCUACCGCCAUACGCAUAUCCGGAUGUCGAGCAACAAGAAAACCGAAAAGCAAAAUAAACACUGGGGUACACAUCAAAGCAAAACACGCCACGCUGACUCACUAAGUCAUUUCAGUUAAUUGUUGAUAAGGCUCGUACCAUCACAUUUAUGUGCAAAAUAAAUUUCUGAAGUGCUCUCAUAUGUAUUCAUACCACUUGAAUUGGAGAUCAUAAAAAUAAUUUAUACAUAAAAUAUAACGAGUGAAUUGUGCGCGAUAAUUUACAAUCUAUGAAAUUUCAAUUUAGCUUGUGAUUUGCUUGUGACUUUUUGAACCUGCAUAAAUACAUACAUAUAUACAUACAUACAUGCAUAAUACGUCAACAAAACACUUUGUAAUAAACGCACAUCUGUUUCAUUAGCUACGACGUCAUCAGUUUGUGCGGUAUUCAUUACCCUCCUACAUACAUAUAACUGCGUACAUAAAUUUUUUUUACAUUUGCAUUAUAAAUAUUACCUCACGCCGGUCGGAGAGAACAAAGGUCAGACCAGGUAGUUAGGUGCAGUUCAAUUGUUUGCCUGCUUGCCAGCAAAAUGCAAGACGACAAGAUGCUACGAUCGCAAUUGGCUAAAGGUAAGCAUUUAAAAACCAUGCCCUGGUUCGGUAUGGACAUCGGCGGUACACUCACGAAACUAGUUUAUUUUGAACCAAAAGAUAUCACACCCGAUGAACAAGAUCAAGAGGCUGAAAUUUUACGAAAUAUACGUCGUUAUUUAACCAAAAAUUCCGCAUAUGGCAAAACUGGGCAUCGUGAUACACAUUUGCAGAUAGACAAUGUUGAGAUACGCAAGCGUCGGGGCUCACUGCAUUUCAUCCGUUUCCAAACCACUGACAUGAGCAAUUUCCUGCUUUUGGCCAAACAGAAGGGCAUGGCCGAAUUGGUGACCACAGUUUGUGCAACUGGUGGUGGUGCAUUCAAGUUCGAAAAUGAAUUCCGGCAGCAAGUCAAUAUGAAACUCGCCAAAUUCGAUGAACUCGAUACGCUCAUCAAAGGCAUACUCUUUGCCGAGGUACAAAAUCCUACAGAGUGCUAUUUCUAUGAGAAUGCGCGUGAUAUUAUGAAAAGUGAAAAGCGUGCCUUUGAUUUCUCCAAACCAUAUCCGUUCAUAUUGGUAAAUGUCGGUUCGGGUGUGUCGAUAUUGGCUGUUUAUGGACCAGACAACUUUAAGCGUGUCUCGGGUACAAGUUUGGGUGGUGGUACAUUCCUUGGUCUAUGUUGCCUGCUAACCGGCUGUAAUUCAUUCGAGGAGGCAAUACAGCUCGCAACAAAAGGCGAUAAUCGCAAAGUGGAUAAACUAGUGCGCGAUAUCUAUGGCGGCGACUAUGAUCGUUUCGGUUUGACGGGUGAUUUAGUGGCAUCUAGCUUUGGACAAAUGCAUAUUAAAGAUAAACGCUCAUCGGUGUCGCGAGAAGACUUGGCCAAUGCGACAUUGGUAACGAUUACCAAUAAUAUUGGCUCAAUUGCGCGAAUGUGCGCAUUGAAUGAGAAAAUGGAUAAGGUGGUCUUUGUCGGCAAUUUUUUGCGCGUCAAUCCCAUUUCAAUGAAACUACUCGCUUACGCCAUGGAAUUCUGGUCGAAUGGCACACUUAAAGCGCUCUUCCUCGAACACGAAGGCUACUUUGGUGCAUUGGGUUGUCUAUUGCAAUUUAAUGGUGAAAUUGCUGCUGCAUUAAAUGAGACAGCGGAAACCACGACGACGUCAUCGCCGUCGUCAUCUUCAUCGUCACAAUCAAAAGCCGAACCAACAAACACAUCGCAAGCUGCUGAAACUGUGUCUAAUGCCAUGAAUUCCACAACAACUACGCCAACCAGUAAUAAUGCCAACAAUAGUGAUAGUUGAAGUACAGGGACUGUGUCUAAUGUGUACUGUUAUUAUUAGUUCGUAGCUCAAAGAAACCGUAACGGAAACUAAAAACACAAUAACACAAUGAAAACUUGAAAUAAGUGAAACUAUUUAAACUAGAAAGUUGAUGAAACGAAAGCAAACUCAUAAUCAAAAUAAAGUAAAUUAUUUAGUAUGUUUUAUUACUAUUAUUAAUAA